AUGGUCAAAACUACUACGGAGAAGAAACUUCCAACUGUGCCUGAAACAAUACUCAAACGAAGAAAGCUUCGGGCCGAUCGGGUAGCCAAGGCACAAGUUAAAAAAGCAAAGGCUGCUAAGCUAGCAAAGCGAAAAGAGCAUGAUAUUUUCAAACGUGCUGAAACAUAUGUGAGGAAGCACAGGUUUCGUGUACGGGAAGAAUUGCGAUUAAAGCGUGAAGCUAGAAAAGCAGGUAACUUUUAUGUUCCUGAUGAACCACGUCUUGGGUUCGUGAUCCGAAUUCGCGGUGUUAACCAGAUGCAUCCACGUCCGCGCAAAGUUCUCCAACUUCUGCGUCUACGCCAAAUAAACAAUGGAAUAUUUAUAAAACUAAACAAGGCCACUCUCCAAAUGUUGCGAAUCGUGGAACCAUACGUCGCUUGGGGAUAUCCAAGCCUUAGAACUGUUCAUGACUUAGUAUACAAGCGUGGUUACGCCAAAGUAAAUGGUCGUCGUGUCCCUAUAACGGAUAAUUCCAUAAUCGAAAAUUCGUUAGGGAAACUGAAUAUAAUAUGUAUGGAAGAUCUUGUUCACCAUAUCUACAAUGUGGGUAGUAAUUUCAAACAGGCAACGAAUUUUUUGUGGCCUUUCAAACUUAAUAAUCCAACAGGAGGGUGGACAAAGAAAACAAAUCAUUUUGUUGAAGGCGGUGAUUUCGGCAAUCGUGAAGAUCAAAUAAACGCUUUGCUGAAAAAGAUGAUUUGA